CAGCAGCCUCAAAGAAAGCCUUGUCCAAUAGAGCGCAGGCCUACAAUGCUCCUCAAAGAUUUCCUCAAUGAGAAUUCUUCUAGCUCAUGUUCUUCAAGUGGGUUCAAAUCAUUUCCCAGAAAACAAUCACCAUUCAAUCCCAGCAGUCCCCAGAAGAACCUCAUUGAAUUUGAUCCAAAACCAACAAGUUCAAAUUCAAAAAAUAACCCCACCAUUACCAGCAAAUUACUCAGAAGCAGAUCAAAGGCAGCCUCCACCACAAUCUCAGCCUUCCAGUCCCUCAUGAAUGCAGUUAAAAACAUCCCAUUUACCACGGUAAAACCUCCCUCUUUUUUACCUCGAAGCCUCUCAAGGAGGCUGCUGCAGUCAAAAUUUCAGAGCUCAUCAAGGAAGCAGAGUCAAAACCAAGUCCAAAUUACUGUGAGAGUCAAGGACAUCAUGCGGUGGACAUCGUUCCGUGAUGAAAUGUUACCUCCACCUCCACCGUUGGAUUAUGCUUCUUCACCUCUCCAUUGUACCACAAGCACCACCAUAACAAGGUCCACAACUACUACUUGUACAACUUGUAGCAGCAGCAGCAAUGGGUCAAGCUGGUGUGACAGUGAUUUUACCGCAGAGUUUUUACCGUCUUGGGUUUGUAGUAACUCUGACCCUCACGCUGAUGAGGAGGGUGGUAAAAAAUAUUUACCAUGUGUCGGCAAGGAUUUCAUGGAGGCAUCAACAACAGGGACAGGAAGUUGCAAUAUUGCUUUGGGACCCCAGCAGGUUGAGGUGCUGCUGGGUGAUGAAGAUGAACAGCACAGUCCAGUUUCAGUGCUUGAUUGUCAAUUUGGGGAAGAUGAAGAAGAGUCAUUUUCAAGUACUUUUGAUCAAAGCCUUGAAAAUGUGGGUGAUGAAGAUGAAGAAAUGGCCAUGGAGCUGUUGAAUUAUGUCAAAGCAACUAGCUGUGAGGAAGGCCAUUUGGAAGAUAAACUGCUGUUGGAUUUCUUUAGAGAAGAAAUGAGUGUCCAAAGAAAUCAAACUGAUGAUGGAUUUAAAUGGGAGAUGGUGAGCAAAGCAAAAGCUUGGGUGAGUGGAGAACACAAUGAACUUGAGUGGGGGCUAGACCACAAGAAGGAAGCUUGUGUUAGAGAUAUGCAUAAAGGAGGGAGGUGGAACAAGUUUGAGUAUGAGCAAGAGGAGCUGGCUUUAGAAAUUGAGACUGCCAUGUCAGAUUUCUUAAUGGAGGAGCUUCUGGUUGAUCUCUUAUCAAGAUAAAUAUAUA